AUGCUGAACGGAUUACAACACACAAGUGGGGCGACAUCACCAUUCUCGUUCAAGUUGUUAAGACAGAUUACUGAUAAUUUUUCCGAUGACCGCAUAAUUGGUCAUGGUGCAUAUGGAGUGGUUUACAAGGGAGUAUUGGAUAACGGGGAAAAGAUUGCUGUGAAGAAGCUUAAAUACAUGCCUCCAGAAUACGACAGCGAUAAGCAGUUUGAGAAUGAGUGCACUAACCUCAUGAGAGUCCAACAUCACAAUAUCGUGCGGUUAGUUGGCUACUGUCAUGAAACACGGCGUGAAUAUGUUGAACACGGUGGAAAAUACAUUUUUGCUAGCGAGGACAAACGAGUUCUCUGCUUUGAAUACUUGCUGGGUGGAAGCCUUGACAAACACGUCUCUGACGAGUCAUGCAAACUUGAUUGGAACACGUGUUACAAAAUAAUUAAGGGAGUCUCUGAGGGUUUAAAUCAUCUUCAUAAUGAUUCCAUUUUCCAUUUGGACUUGAAACCAGCGAAUAUAUUGCUGGACAGCAACAUGAUGCCCAAAAUUGGCGAUUUUGGUUUAUCAAGAUUCUUUCCGUCAACAGAAACAUACACCACAACAACAUGUUAUGGAACACUCGGAUACAUACCACCAGAACACAUCAACAACCAUCAAAUCUCGCCAAAAUAUGAUGUAUUCAGUUUGGGUGUUAUAAUUAUACAAAUAAUGGCAGGACGCAAAGGCUACAAUGAUCAUGGAGAUACUACUUCACUCAAAUUCAUUGAGUCUGUAUGUGAGAAGUGGCAAAAAAGGGUACAUGCAACGAUGUGGUCACACAUAUUACAAGAAGUUAAGACAUGCAUCGAAAUAGCUUUAAGCUGUGUGGAAUCUGAUCGGCAGAAAAGGCCUACUAUAAGCCAGAUUGUCAAUGCACUUAAGAGGAUUGAUAUUGAAAAAUUGUCACUUACAUGUGAGGGCCAGAGCAUGCAGGCCUUGGUCCACAACCAAUAUACGACCUCCUCACACUUCUAUGGGGGUCCAUGA